GUGCGGCUCACAAGCGGAGCACGCUAAUCUCACCGCAACACGUCUUGUCAACGGCAUCUGUGCGAAAUUCCCAGAUAGAUCAGCCUGCCGCAAAAAGGGAAGCUAUCCAUCCAGUGGGUCCGAUAUUGGAGGUUUCUGAACAAGUUAAAAGGACGCGGCGGUUUUUGCAACUCUCUCCCAUCUUCUCUACCUGUUCAGUCAUAAGUGGAAAUAGUCUUGGCCAACCUGGCGUCUCAAAUUGUCCGGAUAACGGGAGUGGGUGGACACAAAGGUCAAAAUGCGCGGUGCAGUCUGAGCGAAAAAAGAUUGUUGUCGAUUUCUUUUCCUGGACUAAAAGGACUGCAUUUGGUGCUUGGUCGGGAUACAUUUUUGGGUUGUUUUUUUGUUUUGUUUUGUUUUUAUUACACGCGAUGCGUUUGUGAGCCAAUUAAAAAAAAAUCCCGGAGCUUGUAGAAAGCUGCGUUUAAUUCUUUUUAACUGGAAUAUUGGAUACAUAACCAGCAAACUCUGGAGGAAUUUAGUCCAAGUUCCCUUUGGUGCGUAAUCUGUGCAUGUGUGCGGUUGCGGAGCCGCAUAAGUAGUUUUGCCUUAUAUAUUUUGCUACCUCCUAUACCCUCUUUUUUUUUUUUCAUGGAGUAGGCUGAAUCACAGGUAAAGACUUAAAAAGAGUGGGCUUAUUCCCUGCCGCCCCGAAAGACAGGCGGAUUUGAUGCGCCGAUUCUUCUUGUGAUGGUAAAUGACCGAUGGGGAAUCAUGAACAGCUCUUCUGAACUCGAAGAUGGAACUCGGCAUAAAAACCAGACGUUCUGUGAAUGUGUGCCCAGCUCUUCCCAACUCAAACACCGUUGGUCAGACUCAGAAACAGCCAGGGAGACCCCAGCCAAGAGGAUGAGCUGCAGCUACCUGCUGUGCACUAUCCUUCUCUUCGUGGCUGUAUUGCUGGCUGUCACUGUAACUGGCACCAUCCUUUUCAUGAAUCAUUACCAGGCUCCACCCAUGUCUGAUGGCCUACCGCACAUUUCUACCAAUCAGGAUGAAGCCAAUGCCCUGGUCACUGUUGAGAGAGGUGACGGCUCUCGCAUUAACAUCUUCAUUGACCCCAACUGUCCGGAUUACAACAGUAACUUUAUGCGUCUGGAAGGUGUGCAGACCUCAUUGCUCCACUCGCUGACUGACCACGACUCUGACUUGAAGUCUGUCAAAGGACAGGAUCGAGCUCUGCUUGUCAGUCUGGCUGAGGAGGUGGCCAAGCUGUCAGCCCACGCUGGCCAACUGAAAAUGGACUAUGAAUCUCUACGCAGGGGGCAGAGCAGCCUUGGGCAAGACCUUAACACACUGCAAACGGAACAGGGACGCCUCAUACAGCUGCUCUCAGACAGCCAGAUCAACAUGGUGAAGGUAGUGAACUCAGUUAGUGAUGCUCUUAAUGCCAUGCAGAAGGAGAAUGUGGGUCUGAAGGCACGUGUCAAGGCUGACUUACAAAGGGCACCAGUCAGAGGUACCCGCUUCAAGGGCUGCUCCAACGGCUCACGUCCCAGAGACUGCGGUGAUCUGUACGCCAGUGGACAGAGAGAAGACGGCAUCUAUUCUGUGUUUCCCAUUCACCACCCUUCAGGCUUCCAGGUCUACUGUGACAUGACGACAGACGGCGGGGGCUGGACGGUGAUUCAGCGCAGGGAGGACGGCUCGGUCAACUUCUUCAGAGGAUGGGAAUCUUAUCGUGAGGGAUUUGGCAAGAUCACUGGAGAACACUGGCUGGGUGAUUCUCUGCUGAAGCACAAUGGAAUGAAGUUCACCACCAAAGACAGGGAUAAUGACCACUCGGAGAAUAACUGCGCCUCCUUCUACCACGGUGCGUGGUGGUACCGAAACUGCCACACCUCCAACCUCAACGGCCAGUACCUGCGCGGUCAGCACACCUCCUAUGCCGAUGGCAUUGAGUGGAUCCUCCUGGACCGGCUGGCAGUAUUCCCUCAAGUUUCUCUGAGAUGA